GCCUUCACCGUAUCAAACUGCAAACAAAAGAAGUGAUGGAUGGUUUGACGUGGAGAAGGUGGAAUGUGAAGGGGCAAUGAAGGUGUACAUAGGGGGAGGGUGCAGAUCAGGAAAUAGAUUGGUGAUUGAGAUUCUGAGGGAGAAGUUUGAUGCUGCUAAGAAGGAGGUAGAUGCCGAACUGGAGGUGUUCGCCGGGGAAAUUGUUGAUCUGAUGCACGAGUAUGCAGAUAAACCACCUUGCAGGGAUUGGAAAGACAGGGCUAGGUACUUGUUGCAAGUCGUGACGAAGUGUGCGAAGAUGGAGCCAAACGAAUUCCGAUCGGAGUGCGAGAAGGUGGUGCAGGAACUGGACGAAGAGAGGCAGGCGGCCACGGAGCCGCUGAAGAAGCUGUACACGAGGCUUCUUUUUAACUUAACCCGUUGUACUCGUCUCCUUCAGUAUCAAGAGGGUGUAAUACAUGACGAUACCAUCUCGAGGUCGUCAGGCAAGCCGGCCUCCACAGACGGAAGGCAACUGAAAGCAUCAGGGCUGGUGUCGCCAGUGAAGUCGAAAGUAGAUACUGAGGGUAUUAAUGCGGUUAUGGCAGACCAAAGCACUUGUAAUAUAGCAGUAGGUUGUGUGGAUGAGCACAUUGACUCGGUAGGUGCAGAGGAAGACGAUGCGGGAAAACCAUUGACAGCAGAGGGGGUUUGCGAGAAUAUUGUAGAGGAGGAGCCAAAAAUAGAGUUGCAGUUAGAUGAUGAUGUGAUUGGGAGAUUAGAUGGGAGUGAGGAGAAUGAUCUGUAUAUGCGUGAAGCGGCGGAGGAUUCUGAUAUCAAAGGGGCAGGUUUGGACAAGAUUGGCAGGGGUGAUGGAACAGUUCAGGUGCAGGCUGCAGACAGGGAUCGUGAAGGGUUGCAGGUGUCAGAAGCGGAGGAAAAGGGACACCGAGAGCGGCAGAGUUGCGGAAAGAGUGAACAGCAAGAUCAGCACCAGCCAGAGGAAAAUAUGGAAGGGGUAGACGGGAAAGAGAGUGAUUGCGUAUGGACAGGCGUAGUUGGGCAACAUGCUAGAAGCUUUAGCAAAGUCGUAGAGCAGACAAUAGGCAGACAAGAUGUCGAUCAAAUGGAUGAAGGCUGUGCUAGGAAUGAGGAGGCAGGUGUUGCUGUAGGGGGAGGUAGCAGGGGGGAGUGGUAUGGAUCUGGGUGUGAAAAUGAGAGGGUAUGUGAAGAACAGGGGGAUCAGGGAUAUAAUGAAGAGGUGGAGGAUGAUGUCGGCGGGGGUAACGGCAGGGACGAGGAAGAAGGAUAUAAUGGGGGGGAUGAGGACUUUGAUGAAAGAUUUGCCUAUAUGGAUGACGAGUAUUAUUUUCCUGUGGUGUGCCGAAUAUGUGAAAUAGAGGUAAACUCGGCAUUUUUUGAGGAACAUAAUAGGCUUUGUUCUAUUGCGUACCGAUGUGAGGCAAAGGGGAUGUCGAUUGACGACAAGCUGAAGAGGUUGAGUGACGCUUUACUCCAGCUCAUUGCUGACGACUCGUAUUCACCAUCGCAAGCAAGGUGGCAUGGUUCCUGGGGGAGUCCGUUAACGAACCCAAGUGGCACACCUGGUAGAGAAGGUGUGGUGGGAAGUGUUCUAAGUGAUGGGAGCGCUGGUGGAAUUUAUGGUGCAACAAGUAGUGCAAGCAGCAGUCCGGCAUAUUUUGUCAGCCGAUUUGGAAUGGAAGCGAGCGAAAGCAUGCAAGAAGCAAGUACUGCAGUAGGGGCUGCUGGUGGUUGUGGGGGAGGAGUAGGGGGAGGGGGUCCAGGUGGUGGUGGAGGAGGAGGAGGAGGAGGAGGAGGAGGUGGGGGAGGAGAAGGUGUAGCCGGGGUUGGGGGACAAGGAGGCGGUGUGCUGGUUAGGCCGUCAAGCCCUGAAUGUGAUGGGUGCCAAGUUUCUGGUAGCCCUGGGACAUGUGGCUCAGGUUCAGGUUCUGGAUCUGGUUAUGGUUCGGGCCCGGGAUCCGCAGCCACUGCAAGUUCUAGCUCGCGUGGUGUCAUGUCAAGCAGAUCCGUCAGUGUGUCCACCACCCAAGAAAGUUUUGUUGGCCUCAUGUAUACGAAGAACGUAGCUCUCAUCAGACAGGUCGAGGAGUUGGCAGAUAUUGCGAGGUGUGGUGCACGUGUUCUUCCCACAGAUGUGGAUUGGGAACAAGAAUGCUCCACAUGCAUCUCAGACGUGGUGGAAAUCAUUGAAGACCGAUCUACGCAAAGUCAAGUUACAACAACUUUUGGCGAGCGGAUCUUGGCCUUGCUAGAAGAGAAACUGGAGCUUCUUCAAGCUGAGAACAAGGGGGAGCAGGAGCUUCAACUCAGUGCUGAAGUUGAAGGCGUCAUGAGCAUGAAUGAAGAGGAUGGGAUACGCAGUGGUCGCACCACGCCAAUGCACACACCCUUACAUCUGAAGGAUCGAACCACUAUUGAUGAUUUUGAGAUACUUAAGCCCAUAAGCCGUGGUGCGUAUGGGAGGGUAUUCCUGGCAAGGAAGAAAGCUACGGAUGAUCUCUUUGCAAUAAAGGUGUUACGGAAAGCGGAUAUGAUUCGGAAGAACGCUGUAGAGAGUGUUAAAGCGGAACGCAACAUACUUAUUUCUGUGCGCAACCCAUUUGUGGUGCGCUUCUUCUAUUCUUUCACUUGUGAAGAGAACCUGUAUUUGGUAAUGGAGUACAUUAACGGGGGCGAUUGUUUCUCGCUUUUGCGGAAGUUGGGUUGCUUACAUGAGCUGGUUGCAAAAAGAUACCUUGCUGAGAUGGUUCUUGCACUUGAGUAUUUGCAUUCUAUUGGGGUCGUUCACCGUGACUUGAAGCCAGACAAUCUUCUCAUUGGCCAAGAUGGGCACAUUAAGCUUACAGAUUUUGGAUUAUCCCGAGUUGGACUCAUCAAUAGCACAGACAAUAUCGGGAGCUUGACGCGAGAGGAUCAUAUGGACUCGCCCUCGUCACCUGCAGACCAUGAGCGUGUUCAGCGGAGGUCAGCCGUCGGCACACCCGACUACCUGGCACCGGAGAUCCUCUUGGGCACAGAUCAUGGGGCUGCUGUGGAUUGGUGGUCCGUUGGUGUAAUCCUGUAUGAAUUUCUCACGGGUGCACCUCCUUUCAAUUCGACAACACCACAGGGUAUCUUUGACAACAUUCUGAAUCGCCACAUUUGGUGGCCAAAAGUGCCUGAGGAUAUGUCAUAUGAGGCAAUGGACCUUAUUGAAAGGCUGCUCACCGUGGAUCCAGAAGUUCGGUUGGGAGCCAACGGUGCUGCGGAGGUCAAGGCACACCCGUUCUUCAGAAAUGUCAAUUGGGACACGUUGGCACAAGAGAAGGCUGCAUUUAUCCCGAGCCUUGACAACGAUUUGGACACCAGCUAUUUUCAGUUACGGCACACUUGGAACAGUGUGAAUGCGACCCGAUUCUCAGAAUGUGACUACGAUGAAAACUGCAGUGUGGACAGCAGCACGAGCCGCAGCAGCAGCGACAUCAGCAUCCAUGAAUUUGAGGGGCGGGACAAGUGCAGCGACCUUGCGGAGCACAAUCCUACACCGUCUGUGAGCACCUUCAACAAUUUCUCAUUCAGGAAUCUCUCGCAGCUGGCGCUAAUGAACUUCGAUCUACUCAAAAGAUUGCGAGGAGCUUCGUCAUCAACUUAACGUGCAUUUCGAUGUGAACAAAUACAGCGGUCACACAGUUAUGAUUCAAGAAGAGCGUAUGCAGCAUUAAGAUACACAUGGUGUCUCCGUACUGCAGUUUUGGCAGGAAGGGGAUCAUAUGGUUACCUCUUCGCCUUUGUACCCUGAGAAAAAAUGAGGGUGGUCUGAUCUGGAGGAGGCACGUUGAUGUGGUCGUGGUGGCCCUUCAAGACAAAGGUUGAUGGCGUUAAGAUGGAUUUUUUACCUCCUCAGCAGUCUGCCGCUGCGGAGAGCUAUUCUGUCGAUGGGUAUGGGGGGAAUACCCGUUUGCGUUCGGGUGACCGUGCGCCGCUUCGAAAGAGGAAGUGGGAGAGACCAAUUGUGUAUGAGUGUUGCUGCAGAGCUCGUUCAAGUAACUGAAGUCGAUCUCAGGUCGUCAAGGUCGGCUUCAGCGGACGAUUGGGAACAGAACCCGAUCAGGUAACUGAUACUUGGUGCGUCUGCAGAUGGUAGGUUCUACUGUAGCAGCGGAAUAAAUUUUUUCUUCGUCUUUGUUUAAUCCCGAUUCUUUUUGGACAUGUUGCUAGCACUGAGAAUGUAACAGCCUUGCUGAGCUCUGUUGUAUCAUCAUGGUGACCAGAGGAGAUCAGUGGCAGGUAGAAAUUGAAGUAAAACAACACGAGUGUAAUCUGUUCAUUGAAUCGUGUAGUCUGCGGAUGAGAGUGAAAUCACAUCAACACAGAGAGACAGACAGGGAGAGAGAGAGAGACAGAGACACGCAGAUAGAUGGAUAGAUUGAGAGAGAGAGAGAGAGAGAGAUGCAGAUGAGCAGAGAGAGAGAGAGAGAGAGAGAAGGUGGGUAUGCGGAAGGCUAAACACCUUUUGUGUGUUUGAGUGGGGGACGGUAGGUGGAACGACGAAAGCGCUCGGCAUAGACACACACACACACACACACACACACACACACACACACACACACACAGAGAGAGAGAGAGAGAGAGAGAGAGGGAGAGAGAAGCUUGAGACAUGCAGAUGAGCAGAGAGUGAGACGGAGGGAGAGAGAGAGAGAGAGAGAGAGAGAGAGAGAGAGAGAGAGAGAGAGAGAGAGAGAGAGCUGUGUUGUAUCAUCACGGUGACCAGAGGAGAUCAGUGGCAGGUAGAAAUUGAAGUAAAACAACACGAGUGUA